AUGCAGCAGAGUAUGAACUGUUAUUCCACUGCCUGCAGAAACUUUGGCUUCACAAUUAAUACUAAGAAGACUGAGGUUUUGCAUCAGCCUGCACUGCAGAAGACGUAUGCAGAACCAACUAUCGCCGUUGAAGGUGAGAUCUUGAAGGCUGUUGACAAGUUUACAUACCUUGGCAGCACACUCUCCAGAUUUGUGAACAUUGAUGACGAGGUAGACACAUGCAUCGCCAAGGCAAGCUCUGCAUUUGGAUGGAAUGCAGAUUUCACCAAGAUACACCGUCUGCAGCCAUUCCACAGGAAACACCAUGACGCUGAACAUGACAAAGCUCUCCCAGAUAAGAUGUUAAUGACAAGGAAAGAAACCGUGACGUUUGAAACCAGAAAUGAUAACUAUAAGGAAAGCAGUGAUGAGUUUAUCAAUAAUAUUGAAAUGCAUCUGAAAAGUAAUGGUGGGAACAGUUUGGUGUUUCGUUGUAGCAGCCAGUCUGAUAAAUUAAUUCACAGUAAAAAACGACAAAAUAACUUAAUAGAAGAACAGAUAUGCAGCAGGAAGAGGCUAUACAGCUAUGCAGCGGAUGAUGAAGAUUUUAUAGGUAAUAAAAGUUUUGAAGUACAUGAAAGUACUCAUACAAGACAGAAAACCUUUAAAUGCACAACUUCUGACAAGGCAUAUGUGGAGAAGUCAAGGAAGGACAAAUGUCACUUGAACCACAUUGACCGAGUAAUGCAUGACUAUACCAAAUAUAACAAGCAUUUUACAAAUGAAGGCUUACAAGUACAUAACAGCAUCAGCAUUGGACAGAAAUCCUAUAAAUGCAGUAUAUGUCAGAAGAGUUUUAAAUCUAAAUACAAUAUGAUGUGUCAUGAGAUUAUCCACACUGGACAGAGACCUUAUAAAUGCAACGUUUGUGAUAAGAGUUUUAGAAGAAAGAGCUAUAUGAUAAUUCAUCAGACUAUCCACACUGGGCAAAGACCCUAUACAUGCACCACAUGUGAUAAGAGUUUUAGACUGAAAAGUAAUAUGAUAAGUCAUCAUAGUAUCCACACUGCACAAAAACCCUAUAAAUGCAGCUUGUGUGAUAAAAGUUUUAGAAUGAAGGGUCAUAUGAUAAUUCAUGAGAAUAUUCACACUGACCAGGGACCCUAUAAAUGUGCCACGUGUGACAAGGGUUUUAAAAGUAAGCACAGCCUGACACUGCAUCAGUGUAUUCACACUGACCACAGACCCUAUAAAUGUGCCACGUGUGACAAGGGUUUUACAAGUAAGCAGAAUCUGACAAUGCAUCAGAAUGUUCAUACAGACCAGAAACCCUAUAAAUGUCCCAUGUGUGACAAGGGUUUUACAAGUAAGCAUAAUGUUCAGGAAGAAAGACACAUUUUGGAGAAAUAUCAAUGA